AUGAUAUCUCUUGCUCUUGGAUUGUCUACAAUUCCGCUCCUCGCUCAACUCGUUUACCUCCUCCUCUUGAAAGUUGUGACCAAUGCGCCAAACGUGGCAGGUUCUGUGCCUCUUCUCUCGAACCCUUACGUUGCUGGUAACAAAAACAAGACUGCUGCUGAAUGUCGUGCUCGCAUCAUGGCCUGGACUUCUAAACCCGACAAGCCUGCUGAUCCUAAUUUGCAUUUAAAGUGGAGGGAAGACGUUCGAAUGUGGAACAAUUGGGGAAACGCUCCUCUUAAUUUCACCCCAAACUCUAGUUCCUCUAAUGCUAAACCUCACUAUCAUCCUUAUCCUAAACCCCCAAAGUGUAAGCCUCACACGCCCAAUCAACCACCUCCCCGAGCCUCACCUCCAGCUCUCAACCCAUUUGUUACUCCUUUUGUACCAACUCGACCAAAAUCACCUCCCGUCAAAGUUGAAGACCCUCCUCCUACUUUUUCUUCCAAUGCUAUUAAUGUAGAAUCUACCAAUGUUGUUGAUUUAGAACCAGAACCUGUUCCAAAAACCACUAACCCUGUUGAACCACCCCUAGAUGCUGUGAUUGAAGAAUGUAUUAAAAAAUAUGGUGAUAAAGCUGUUCUUUUCUGGUUUGCUAAAAAAGUAGAUUUAUCUGAAGAAAUUAGACGUGUAGGUAGAUAUGUUCCUUCUUCUUCCUCCGCCAAUACCAUUGCUAGUCUUACUCAACAUAUGGUAGAAAGCUUGUAUGAACAUUGGUCCGUCUUUGAUCCUAACUCUGAAAAAGAGGUCCACGCUAGAGUCUGUCUUGUUCGAAGGUUGAAAUCUCUUGUUGCUCAUUUUAUCAUGCAUCCUCCUUCUUCUGAACCUUCUAAUCCUAGUACUUCUUCUUCUGACAAGGGUAAAAAUUGUGCUUUCCAUUAG